AAUAUGAUAAAUAAACUGGAAAAGGAGAGGGGAGGUGAUAAGCUUGAUAAAGGAGUGGCAAAGUUCAAAGGUGAAACGUCAGGGUCACAAUCACAAGGUCACCAAGGAUUUGCCAGCCACGUAAUGGUGGAUGGUGUUUCAGAAUUGGGUGGGACAACGGGAAGUCCGGUGAUUAUAUAUCACGGAGCCACUGGAAGUGUGGAAGAUCCCAAGACAUUUACGAAUAUUGGCAUCGAAACACACAAUAGACUGCGUGAGAUUCACAAGGCUCCGAAACUGAAACUUGACCAGCAUUUGACGAUGGCAGCGUUCAAGUACGCAACAUACCUCACCCAGCUUGGAUAUUUAAAACACGACAAUAAAAUACCCAAGGAUCAAGGCGAGAAUCUUGCAAUUGGUUGUUAUGACAACAAUUUAGAAAUGUCUGCGGAAGAUGCUGUCACAAGAUGGUAUUAUGAAGUCUGCCAACCAGGUUACAACUUUGACAACAAAAUUGUUGAAAGUGGCACUGGGCACUUUUCUCAAGUUGUCUGGAAAUCAACAACCAAGGUAGGCAUUGCAAAACAAACAAGGAUGCAUGGCAACCUCAAGUGCACUUACAUAGUUGCAAGAUAUUCGCCUGCAGGAAACGUGCAUGGAGAGUUCGAUAAAAAUGUUCAAAAGGGAGAUUUCAACGAGCUAGUAUGCAAAGAAAAAAUGAGAGAUCUUUUGAGGUUUCAGCAGAGAAAUGAGAAAAUGAUCGGAAAGUUAGAGAGUGAUUUUGCAAAAGAGCUGCAUGCAUCGAAAUUGCAAGAGAAGAUGAUGGCAUUAAUGCAUUUAAAAGCAAUGGAAGCGCAGAAGAAUAAGCAAAAGCAAAAUAAACCGGAUCAGAAAAAGAAACCGGACGAGAAAAAGAAACCGGAAGAGAAGAAGAAGCCAAAAAGUAAACAACAGCCAAAAGGUUUCUUUGACAAAACUCUUGGACUUCCAAAUAUUGAAAACUUGCAGGAAAAUGAAAACGUUGCUGUUAACAAUUUCAUGAAACCAAAGCCUCAUCUCCUCACCGGAGUCUUGAGCAAUGGCCUUAAAACCAUUGUUGAAGACCAUAGCCAUGUCAUGCAUGUAGGCCCAACUGUCAAAAUAGUGGAAAACAAAGAUGGCAGUGGAUUUAUUUACAAAACAAUCGAAGUACCACCGGUUUCUAAACAAAUGAAGGCAGCUGCAAAUAAUAGGGGGCAUUACACAAUGAUGCAUCAUGGAAAUAUAGGGAAGAUACCAGUUAAUGCAAACUUUGAACAAGACGAGUUCUCCAAUCCGAUGGAUCUGGUUCAGUCACAUUCGCAAACAGGAAAGGCUGAACUGGCACUGCGCAGGCAUAAUCCACCACAGAGGAAUGAAUUCAGUUCAAGAAAAACAACAAGUGCGACAUUUGAUCCAAUUACUGGGGGGAUCAUUGAAACUGAGGAUUCCCAAUUGGUUCAAGGUAAAAUUCCUCUGAAACAAAACUCAUUGUUAAACACUAGAGGGAAUUUCGCUAGAAAGACAUCACUAAAUCUGAGAAAAAAUACAAAAGCGUUUACUAUGAACAAUAAAGCAAGAGCUCAACAACAUGGAAUUAGGCCUAAUACUUACGGAAAAAAUAGCAGAUUUAAUGGGAAACAAAUGCCUGUUUCAUCGAGACAAAAGUCUAUCAAGCAAUACAAAGCAUCGUCUCAAAAAGUUAAUGUUGCUGGUUUAAACAAUUUGCCGGUCAUGCAUUUCACUGCGAAACGGCCUCAACCAUCAGGUCUCCAGCCACAUCCAAUGCCCUCUAGUCUUCUUAAGAUGAUCAAUUCAAAGAAUCAGCUUCAAAAUGUGGGACGGCAAAGAUUCGCUAUGCAGUUUAAACCUAAACUCGCGCCUCCACAGCACAAAUUGCCUGAAAGCCUGGCUCGAAUGCUACAGGCAAGGAAAUCAAAACCUGUAACUGCCCAGUAUAAUAAAAUGAAACCAAAUCUCUUUUUGAAUCAAUCACCACCGCAACAAGAACAUAAGUUACCUGAAAGUCUCUUGAAGAUUCUUAAAUCGAGAGGUAAGCAUUCUGAAGCCAAGCCAUUGAUUAAAAGCCCUCUGACAGCGAGCACUUUUGCUAAAAAUCAGCACCAGAUACCCGAAAGUCUGCGAAGAAUUCUAAGCUCCAACAAUGCAAAACCAACUGCAGCAAUGAGUCUCGAUGCCACAACAAAGCAGAUCACUAAAAAGCCAUACACUAUAACUUUGGCAGGGCAUAAGGUACCAUAUAGUUUAUUCAAGAUGCUAACAGAAGAAGCAGUAAGUGGCAAAGACCCUAAGGUAUCAAGUUACUUAAUGAAAACCCCAUUUAAAUUCGUCCAAGAGCAUCAUGUAAUCCCUGAAAGCUUACAGCGAAUUUUAAAAGGAAGCAAAAAGAACAUGUUAGAUAAAAGCAAAUUUCAUGAUACUUCUUCACACCUUGUCCAGAAUAAAAAGCAAAAGAAAACUCCUUUGGUUUCUGGUAGUGGCCGGAAUCGACCAAAAACUGUCACAAAAACUGUUUCACAAUACCAUAGAAACCAGGUUGUUUCGCCAUUUGCAGCAUUGAAACCAACAAGGCCCCAGAUAGUGGCGCCAUAUUAUGGACAACAGUUACAGUUUCAAGAAAUUGCAAGCAACAACAAACCAUCUUUGAAUCUUGAGACUUACAAUUUCCCAGCUUCAGCAAUCACACGAACUACAGUCGCAUCGCGAAAUCCCAACAGCCCACCCCUUUCAUCUGUUGACAUCAGCCCAAGAAUCAAAGGGCCAUCUUUCUCGAAAACCCAAAUACAGAAAGAAGAGUCGAAGAAGAUUGUCAUUAAAACAAUGGAGAUGCCAACACCUAGCUCUUAUGAUCCCCUGGUUACCAGCUACAACCGCGGAAAGCUGUUAAGCAUUGAUACAGAAAAAGACAAAGAAGAAUUUGAAAGGUCCACAUUAGAAGCACAUAACAUGUAUAGACGACAGCAUGGAACAAAUGCACUGGCGAUGAAUUACCGAAUGUCAAUUGAAGCAGAAGCAUACGCCAAGAAGAUUGCCCAGCUUGGGGCACUAGAUCAUUCCGGGACGGAGGACGGGGAAAACAUUGCAAGUGUAUGCCGGAAAGGGAGUAUACUGAUGUCCGGACCAGAAGCAACCGACAUAUGGUACAAUGAAAUCUGCAACCCUGGAUAUGACUUCAAAUCAGAACAACCUGGAGGUGCUGGUCACUUCACACAAGUUGUUUGGAAAGGCAGCUCGCAAAUGGGUGUUGGGCGGGCGGAAGUCAUGCGGGAUGGUCUUGUUUGCACUUAUGUUGUCGCACGGUACAGGCCAGCUGGCAAUUUCCUUGGGGAAUUUUCAAAGAAUGUGCCAAGAGGGAAGUUCGAUGCAAAAAGAUGCAGUCUUAUUGCUGAACCGAUGGGAAGUGAAAUCGGCAAGCAGGCUUUGCAGACAGAAGUCUCAACGCCAGUCCGAAGAUCGAGAAUCCCAUCAGGCACACCAGCGAGAGCUAGGAUAUUUACUAUUGAUUAUGAAGGAAGAAGAGAAAACAGCCCUCUUCGUAAAAUGCCAACACAAGAUGAUGCUAUAGCUGAAAAAGCGAAGUCAUUUUGGCUACCAAACCUCGAGUCGGGUAUACGUGGCAGCGACAUUGCUGGUUUGAUUCCACUCAAGGUUGUGGAUGGCGAAGAAAGGUAUUUGAAAAAGUACGCUAACGCAACGAUGGAAGAAAUGAGUGACAGUGAUACAACACUGGCUACCAAUUUUGCUGCAAAACUGCGCGAGGAGGUAAAGAAAUUUCAGAGCACUAAAACUGCUGAAGGUAAAAGUAGGACUAAUGGAGUUGUGCAGUCUAAGAAAGAUAUUGAUGCGGCCAGCAUUGGAUUUCAAAGUAUGGAAGAACCAUUUAAGAAAUCACAGCCGACCUUGCCACCUGAGGCAGGGGUGAUUUUGGCUGAAAAGAACACAAAAUUACGGCUAGACGCAAGUGAAAGUAGCAAUUUCAAACAGGUAGCCGAGUUAGGAAGCGCCAGAAGUGGGGAGAGUGCAAGCACGGCUGAAAUUGCGUCCAAGGUUGGACAGGCAGUGCAAAAGCUACAAAACGCAGCGCAAACUAUGGCCGAUGUUGCUGCAACACAACAAGCUCCUGCAAAACCACCAAGUGGUGUUGUUGACUCUGCAAUGUCUGGCAUUGAAGGCGCAAAUACGAACGCAGCCAUGUCCAAAUUUGCAGCAAAUAUGAUCUCUGGAUCAGCUGGUGCGAACUUGCAAGUAAAUGGUCCCGCUAAAACCGGAGCAGCGGCCGCGGAAGCUAACACUGCGGGAGCCAAUGAUGGUGUUUCAGCUGCCUCUACGCCCCCAGUACAAGGCGGUUUAUCGACAAACGGGGCUGCGGUUGGAGGUUUGGCGGCUUCUAACGCUGUAGCCGAUAAUCAAGCAGCGUUGAGCAAAGCAGCGGAAGAGAAAAAUGCUGCUAGUGCCGCAUACAAGCCCACGGAAUUCGAGCAGUCAGCCUUGAAUGCCCACAAUCGCUAUCGAGCAGUUCACGAUUCUCCUCCGCUGGUGCUCAAUCAAGAUUUAACUAAGGAUGCAGAGGCCUGGGCCAAACAGUGUGCAGAAUUAGGUAUGGCAAGGCGAUCCACAUCUCCAGACGGCGAAAAUGUUGUCGAGUCGUGCAAACAAGGAAAACAGGAAAUGACGGCUUCUGAAGCAACAGAAACUUGGUACAGUGAAUUGUGCAACCCUGGCUAUGAUUUUAGUGCAGCCGAGAUUUCCGGUACGGAAAGAUUCACGCAGCUGGUUUGGGCAAGUAGCACUGAAAUGGGAAUUGGCCGCGCAACUCGAGUCAAAGCCGAUUUGUUUUGCACGUACAUCGUAGCUCGAUAUAGGCCCCCGGGAAAUGUCCUUGGCGAUGUGAAGGGAAAUGUUCAUAAAGGACGCAUCGACUCAAAACAUUUUUGCGAGCAGUUCUUAGCGGCUGCAAAGAUGGCGGGCAAAAAUAGAAUAUUGGAUAAUCUCCCCGUGAAAAGUGAAAGAAUGGAGGAGGCAAAUACAGUUGGAAGUACCCUGCAUGCUGGGAAGGGACAAUCUGAGGAAGAGAUUGUAGCCGGGGGUGAUUAUGCAGGGGAUGAUGGUUCAUCAAGAAACAAACAAGAUUUUCGUCAAGAGGCAUUGUAUACACACAACAGGUUUAGAGCAGUACACAAUGCUCCUGCGCUACAGCUGGAUGUCAAGAAAUGUCAGGAAGCGGAGGAGCUUGCGGCUAAACUCGCAUCGAAGGGGUCGUUGAUGAGAUCGAAGGAUAGUGUGAAUGGUCAAAACAUUGCAAUGUCCUGUAAUAAGGAUGGGAUUGAAAUGAGUGGAGACGAGGCAACAAAUAAAUGGUACAAUGAAGUCUGCAACCCUGGUUACGACUUCAAAGGAACGAACUCAUUUGGCGCCGCCCACUUCAUGCAAGUUGUGUGGACAUCAUCAACAAGGUUUGGCAUCGGCAAAGCAACAACAACCCUGGAUAAUAUGCUUUGCACCUGGGUGGUUGCUUUGUAUGAGCCUUCAGGCCUAAUGAGAAACAUGCAGAAGGAAAACGUGCUGUUUGGUUUAUUCGAUUAUCGGUACUGCGAUACAUUUGGAAAGGGUGGUGGGGGCAAAGGGGCAUCUAGUGGCACGAUGCACAGCUUGACUGACUCGAAGAUCAGUGCACCAAAUGCAGCAAAUCAGCCGGCAGGCAAACGAACGCUUCUUUCCCGAAGCCCAGAAUUGACCGGGAAUGAUGCAUCGAGUGUGGCAACAACGGACGGGGAUGAAAAUCAGCAAAUUGAGGACUCUAGUGACCAUAUAAUGAACAAUAAUACAAGGAAAGGUUCGCUAAAGUCACAUUUUGCGACAAAACAAAAGAACAGAAAAAGUAAGCAUCAUACGAAAAGGAAGAGACGAAAGCGAAAUUACAGAAAAGAGCGGAAACACAGAUAUAAGCACCAUCAACAUCACCAUCACCAUCACCACAAAAGACAUCAUCAAAGGACUAAGUCGCAUAAAAAAUCUAGCAAUAGAAAUCGAUACUUAGUUUUAAGAAAAUUUCUGCAAUCAUCGUAUUGCAAAGGCAGCAGUAAUCCGUACACCAACCGACUUGGCGAGAUGCGAAAAGACACUCUACUGGUGGGUUUGGAGCUCAGAGCCGAAAUUAAUAUGGAGUUCAGCUGGAAAUACUGCUUUUUGUUGCUAAAUAUAUCAUUUUAUUGUGUCUCAGUGCAUGGUUUAUUUACAGCAGAGCAUCAAGAUUAUGAUGAAUUUUCAAAAGAGGUUCUGAAACGACAUAACGAGCUUAGGAAGGUGCAUAAUGGCAAGGAUUCGGAGUUAGAGUUGAGCAAGGAGCUGAGCAAAGAUGCAAGGGAGCUUGCCAAGAAAGCUGCCAGGGAUAACGAGAUCCUCGCCCAUCCACCUUCUGGGCAUAAUGUUUUGAUGGCCUGUACGACUUAUAACCGAGCCUUGUCUGGAAAAGAGGUUACUGAUAGCUGGUAUGACGAGGUGUGUCAUCCGGCAUUUCGGUUCACAGACCCUGACAGCAGACAGGCUCGAAGCUUCACCCAGGUUAUUUGGAAAGCUUCUAAAAAGCUAGGCGUAGGCCAUGCUGUUACGCGGAAAAAUAACACGCUUUGCACUUACGCUGUAGCGAUUUACAAACCAAAUGGAAAUGUUCUUGGCAAGUUUGCAGACAAUGUUUUACAAGGUUCAUUUGAAAAGGAGAAAUAUUGCAAAGCACCACACAUAGAUGUUAAGAAAGCGAAGCGGACUAAAACAAAUUUGAAAGGAAACCACAAGGGUGUAUUCGUACUGAACAAGAACCCGCCUAGGCCAUCGUUAAAAAGAAGAACUUUGUACUACAAGAUACCGGUCGACUUUGUCACAGCUUCCGAUACCGGAUCGACCUUUGUCGUACCGCGGAAAACGCCAUUUCAAGAAGAAUCAGCCUCUAGAAGAUCGCAGCCGACUUUACCCGAGAGUGCGCCUGCAUUCGACUCGGACUCACUGAGUCUCAGCGAGUUUGGAAGCGACAGAACAGCGCUAAAAGAGGACGAGAGUAAAAAUGACGGAGAAGAGAGUGCUGAUGUACAAGCAGAUUAUAUAAAAGACAGAUUAAAUGAAGAAAAGGAACAAUUAACCCCUGACAGGCUGAAAAUGUUUGAAAAGCCCAUGCAUGUUCCUGAAGAGAGCGAAGAACCGUCAUUUGAAAAUGUCAAGAUGAUGCAGCCCGAACGGAAGACCAUUGAGGACGAAUAUGCCGUGAACAAAAUUGCACUUGAUGUGCACAACGCAUUGCGGAAAAUUCAUAAAGCGCCUCCCAUGAAACUUAGCCCCAAGAUCAGCAUCGCAGCGGAGAAUUACGCCAAAUUCUUAGCAGAGAGUGACAAAUUUGAGCAUGCUAAAAAUAUUGCCGAGAAUCUGGCAUUUUCAUGCAACACAGAGGGGCGUAUUCCGUCAGUUGCCGAGGCAAUCAAAGACUGGUAUCAAGAGGUAUGCUUAAAAGAUUACAAUUUUGAUAAAGAUCCAAGCUCACCCGGCACUGCACAUUUCACCCAAAUUGUUUGGGCAUCUACCAAACUACUUGGCAUUGGUCGUGCGAUAAUCAGAAGAAACGAGAAAACGUGUACAUAUUUUGUAGCAAGAUAUGAGCCUGCGGGUAACUGGGUUGGCCAGUUCAAGGAAAAAGUCAAAAAAGGGGAUUUUAAUUCUGAUGUUUGCCAGAAUCUCACAAAUAUAAUCAAAGAAGCUUCUGGAAGCACUGGUGACAGCGAUGAUGACAAGGAAUCCCCAUCUAGUAAGCCAAAUCCAAUUGACGAGACUGAUAAAGGGAAGAAUGACAAAGAGGCGGACAAAACGAAAAAGCCUGAAAAAGAAGAGGAGAAAGAGAAAGAGAAAGAGAAGGAGAAAGAGAAGGAGAAACCACAGCUCAACAUUUCACCUGAAUCCAUUGCAAAUGAGGUGAAUGAGGAGAAAUGCUUUAUGGGAUCGAUUGAUGAUCAAGCAAAGUUUGCAGGCCAGUCACUAAGAGUGCAUAACUACUUUAGACGCAUUCACAAUAGCCCAGCUUUGAUGAUCAAUGAAGAUCUUGUGAGGAAAGCUCUGGAAGAUGUCAAAACAAUGUGCCUAAAACAGAAGAAAAGGAGCCAGAUCGACAAGUUGGUUGGAGAGAAUGUUGGAUCUGCUUGCAACAUUGCUAGCCAAAGAGUUAGUGCGGCGGAGGCAGUUACCAAUUGGUAUAAACAGGUUUGCGACCGAGGUUAUAAAUUUGACAAAGAGGAAGAAACCAAGGCAACAGCAAAAUUUACCCAGCUUAUAUGGAAAUCAACCAGUGACUUUGGUAUUGCAUUUGCUACAAAGAGAACAAAGGACAAACUGUUUUGUACUUACGUUGUUGCAAAAUACUCUCCCCCUGGAAACAAAGUUGGUGGUUACAAAGAAAAUGUUUCAAGAGGAUCUUUCACUCCUUCGAUAUGCGACAGCUUAAAUACGAUUGCUUUCAAUGCAGCUAUUGACAAUACCAUCACUACUGCAGUGCAUGUUCCGCCAUCUUUACACAAUCAUUGGUCAUUUGGUCCUGAAGUUGCCAAUCAAGUUUUGAAAGCCGUCAGUCAUGAGGCUGGGACAUUUGAGCCAUUUAAAGUGCCAAUAUAUCAUAAAAUACCUAGAAUUAAGCCCCUUGGCACAAAGAGAUGCGUCAAUAUGGGUUCUGAUAAUCCUAUUUGUAGAGCUGAAAUCGAGGACGAAGGACUGAGGGUACAUAAUUACCUACGAAAAAUUCAUGGUGCUAAAGAUUUGAAACUGUCUCCGUCGCUGAGUCUGAGUGCUCUAAACUACGCCAAGACGUUGUUGGCAGAGAAAAGGAUUCGUAACUCUGAUGCCAAUGCAGGAGAAAGCAUCGCAGUUAAAUGCUCACAGGAACUGACUGUUGGAGCUGCCAUCAAAGCUUGGUACAAAGAAGCAUGUGAUUCAAAUUACGAUUUUACCGAAGAAGGUUUUAAUGGCGCAGGCCACUUCACACAAAUUGUCUGGCAAGGAACAGAACUAUUAGGAAUUGGGAAAGCCACGGCAAUUGUGAAUGGAAAUCCUUGUACCAUUAUUGUCGCUAGGUAUGAGCCACCUGGAAAUGUUAUUGGGCAGUUUCGACAUAAUGUGAAGCAAGGCGAAUUUACAAAAGAGUUUUGUAAAAGGCUUGAUAAGGUUAUUGACACCCCGAAAGCAGAAAUGGUGAAAGUUAAGCCGACGAAGGGGCAACCUGCCAAUUCAAACCUAGCUAGUUCAGGGUCAGGUGAGGAAAUUGAGAAAGCCAAGCCCACUGAGGCUCCAAACACAACAUCCAGGCCUACAACAAAUGCUAAUGCCCAGGUUGUGGAUGAAAAACCAACACCCACUCCAAAAACCGCUACGAGAAAGCCCAGUGAAGCAGUUAGGAAUCAAGGGAGCAGUCCUGCCCAACCUCCUAAAGCUGCUGGACAACCAAUCAAAUUGCCGGGAAAGAAUAAGGGUAUCAACCCUGCUGCAGCACAGAAACAUCCAUCAAAGACAUUGAAAGGAGAGACAAAGCCGGGGGCAAAGCAGGAAAGGAGAAAGCCAGUCAGGAAGCCUGCAAAAAUUUUGGCGCUUGGACAAACAAGUGCAACUUUAUUACCAUUAGAAGAUACCAAAGAAUUUAGCAGAGAUGGCCUUAAAGUUCACAAUGCAUUGAGGAGCCUUCAUGCCUCGAAUGAUCUUACACUUCUUGAUAGACUCACUCAUUCUGCGCAAAAACGUUGUAAAGGCAUGAUCGAGAAAGGCAUAGCCUCUCAAGGUAAACGAAGAAAUAUGGUGCAAAAAAGUGGCGAAAAUCUAGUGAUUCUUUGCGAUACAAUCAAGACGGAUUAUGCAGCCAAAGAUGCCAUUCUAAACUGGUACUCCGAGGCAUGUGAAAAUCGAAAUAGUUUCGCUGGUGGUGCAUAUGUGGGAAGACCUAAUCAUUUUACACAAAUGAUUUGGAGAUCGACAAGCUAUUUUGGAAUGGCGAAAGUAGACUUCAAGGAUAAAGCUUCAGGAGAUUUCUGCAGCUGCGUCGUAGCAAUGUACGAGGAGCCCGGUAAUUAUAUCGGAAAAGUAAAAGAAAAUGUAAAACAAGGGCAAUUUGACCCGGCAUUGUGCUCUGAUCCAGAACUUAUCCUUGCUGAUGCUUCGGUGAAGUACAAGGAGAAGAAAGAAGAGGAAAAAGUUCAAGGAACCCCAACUCCUCCACGAAAAACAGGCUCUGUCACUAAAGCCCCAACAUCACCCACGGCUCCAACAACAGUUGGCCCACCUGGCUCGGCACAGGACUCUGUGGGAAUGCCAACCCCUACGUCUGCUAUUGAUUUUGAUGCAACUAGUCCGACACCAAUAACACAAUUCACCGUGCCAGCAAGCACAACCGGUAGGCCGACGCAGACUCCACAAGCUGCUGUUGUUACCUCACCCGCACCACCAACAAUGGCACCAUCAACUCCAGGACCAUCAACCGCUCCGACAAAACCAACGGGGAAACCGCAAGAGAGACCUCAAGAGGUACCACAAGAAAAGCCUAAAGGGAAACCGCUAAGCCCGCAAGCCAAGCCGCAAGGGGGUCUGCCAGAGAAAGUGAAACCUCAAGGGAAACCUCAAGGAAAGCCUCAAGGGAAACCUCAAGAAAAACCUCUAGGGAAACCUCAAGAAAAACCUCUAGGGAAACCUCAAGGAAAACCAUCAGGGAAACCUCAAGGCAAACCUCAAGGGAAACCACAAGGACAGCCUAUUAAACCUUCGCCACAACCGGAAAGCUCACCUUCGGUCAUGCCAACAACGGCACCUUCUAAGAAAGUCACCCAGCCCCCUAUUUCCACUGAAAUGAAAACAAAGCCAAUUACAAGUGUUCCAACUCGCCCACCAGUUGUUAACAAACCAACAACAAUGAAACCUACAACUUUGCAAAAAAUGCCAGUAACAGAGAAGCCGACACAAAAACCCGAGGUUAAUGCUGCAACCACAGUAAAACCAGAGCCAACAACUCAAGGGGAAGCAGCGGCUGCUGUGACCCCCCAAAAGCAAACACAGGGAGAAUUUGAACUCGCUGGUUUACAAGCGCACAACAAACUAAGGUUAAUUCACACUUCUCCACCAAUGACCCUCGACGACGAAUUGUCAAAAAGCUCGGCAGCGUACGCCAGAGUUAUUGCCGAGAAAGACGUGCUGGAACAUUCUGAUUCGAAAGAUGGAGAAAAUCUCGCCAUGGGAUGCUCUUCGAAAAAUAUUGAAAUGAGUGCCACGCAGGCAACAAAGAACUGGUACAAAGAGGCAUGCUCACCAGGGUAUCAGUUUGGCGAUGCAUCUGCACCAAACGAAGGAACAGGGCAUUUCACGCAAGUUGUUUGGAAAGGCAGUACUAUAUUGGGCAUAGGAAGAUUCACAAAGGAGACGAAAAAGAAUGGCAGAACGAUGUAUUGCACGUACAUAGUUGCGCGGUACCGACCGGCUGGCAAUUGGCAAGGUCAAUAUGCUGAAAACGUCAUCAAGGGAACAUUCAGCCCAACGAAGACGUGCGAAAAUUUGAACAAGAUUCUUGCGGAUGUUAAAGGAAACAGAAAAAGCCAUGUUCAUCUAUCAAGGAACAGGCCAGCUAAAAGUGAUUCAAAAUUGCUGUUAGCAAAGAAGGAUGAAAUCAUCGAUGAAGAGAGAGACAACACAAUGGCGGAGCCGCUGAAAUCCCUUGAUCUUCUCUGAAAGAUAUAACAGUAGUGAAAGUAAUAAAAGUUCUGAAAGAACAAUUAGGAUGCAAUUUUUUAAGUGUUGCUUGUAGCAUCACCAAGAAUCGCUGUUCCAAACGAAAGUUUAAUCAAACAGAAGGCUACUAGCAAGGGGAAUGGCAACACCUGAAAAAGCUUUAAUGUAAAGGACACUUGUAUCAACCAUAGUGAGAAUAAACAGCCAGUGAAAGGACACAGUGGGAAAGCUUUUAUAUUAGCUGCAUCCAUAGCUUAUGAUGAAAAAUCUAUUGUUCUAUUAAUCUCGGAAUAAGUUAGUUUAUUAACCUAGCUCGCAUUUUAACUUUGAGUUUUAUGUAAGAUGCAUCAUAAUCUAACUUUUGUAAAGAAAUACAUUCAUAUUAAUACCUAUUAUGUGUAAUAUCAGUUACAAUUUUGUAACUUUUUAAGACAUAUUGAUAAUUCAACAAUGUUUUUUAUAAGUUUACAUGGAUAUUUAGCGAUAAAUUUUUCAUCAUAGUAAACAAAGUAAAUCUAGUUUCCAUUGAAAUGAACAAGUCAAAAUUUGCUGUCUUUUUUUCUAAAGAUUCUUUUAGAUUUUGCUGCCAUAUCUUUUUGCUUAAAAGAUUUAAAGUCGAGGCAUAACUAGUCGUGUUUGCUUGUUUAGCGAAAAAGCUUUCAUCCACGAAUUUCAGUCUACACUUAACUACCCUGAUAAGUCCACAUUUCAGCUGAAAAUAGUCCUUAUGGCAGGAGAGAAACUU